CUUCGAUCAUCACUUCGAGUUUAGUGGUUUUGAAGUCCAUUAGAGGUUGUUAUUCAAUCGUUGUGUUUGUUUUUAGGAUGUGUAAAACAAACUACUCCCAUUUUUUCAGUAUAAUUAAUUUUAAUCUUUACAGUUAUUUGUAUUAGUAGCCUUUGGCGUUGAUAGACAUCUAAAAACAUACUUAAUAAAGGAUUCUUCUUAUUUUUCCAAAAUAAAUGGCUGAUGAAACUAAUCUUUCAUGCGGCUUUGUCCAUGGGAAACAAGAGGAACUUGUCUCAGAUGGAGAAUCCACGGUCAUUAUCAAAGAAGAGGAGGGAUUGAAGAUUGAUUAUGAUGGGCUAAGUGAAGUGAAACAAGAACUGAUUCUUUUAGAUGAAGCUAAUGGCCUCGCUCAAGUGAAACAAGAAGAACUGCUUCCUGAUGAAGAUGGACCAAGUCAUGUGAAACAAGAACUGAUUCUUCUUGAUGAAGGUGGAUUCAUUCAUAUUAAACAGGAACCAUUUGUAAAAGAUGAAGAAGAACUGAUUCUCUCAGAUGAUGGUGAAGAAGAAUUGAUUAUCAUAGAUGCAAGUGAAGAAGAGCUGAUUAAGUCAGAUGGAGGUGAAGAGGAACUGGUUAUGUCAGAUGGCGGUGAAGAGGAGCUGAUUAUGUCAGAUGAAGAUGAAGAAGAUCUGGCAAUGUCAGAUGGAGACGAAGAAGAACUGGUUAUGUCAAAUGAAGGUGCCGAGGAUAGUUGCCAUGGAAGUGAAAAGUCUCAUCAAUGUCCACACUGUGAUUACAAACAUGUUAAAUAUCAUAAUAUAAAAACACAUAUUAUGGUCCAUCAUACAGAUGAGAAGCCCCAUGAAUGUCCUUAUUGUGACCAUAAGUAUGAUACCUCUCAAGAUUUGAAAGGACAUAUAAUGGUCCAUCAUCCAGGUGAGAAUCCUUAUCAAUGCUUUUAUUGUGACUAUAAGUCUACUGUACAUCGACGUUUGAAAAGACAUAUGAUGACCCAUCACCCAGGUGAGAAGCCUUAUCAAUGCUUGUAUUGUGACUAUAAAUCUGCUAUACAUAAAAAUUUGAAAAGACAUGUAAUGGGUCGUCAUACAUUUCAGAAGCCUCAUGAAUGUCCUCAUUGUGAUUAUAAAUCUAUCAUAUCCGGAAAUAUGAAAAGACACAUAAUGAUCCGCCACAUAGGUGAUAAGCCUCAUAAAUGUCCUGACUGUGACCAUAAAUUUACUACGUCUUAUGCUUUGAAAAAACAUAUAAUGGCACACAAUAUAGAUGAGAAAAUAUAUAAAUGUCCCCAUUGUGACAAUAAAAAUAUUACAUCUCAAGAUCUGGAAAAACAUAUAAACCUCCAUCAUACAGGUGAAAAACCUUAUCAUUGUCCUCACUGUAAUUAUAAAUGCCUUAAAUCUAAUAGUAUGAAAACUCAUAUAAUGGCCCGUCAUACAGGUGAGAGGCCUCACCAAUGUCCAUAUUGUGAAUAUAACACUGUAACACCUCAGAGAUUGAAAAGACAUAUAAUGGGUUGUCAUACAGGUGAGAAGCCCCAUGAAUGUUCUCAUUGUGAUAAUAAAUAUGUCACUGCUCAAGAUUUGAAGAGACAUAUAAUGGCCUGUCAUACAGGUGAGAUGCCUCACCAAUGCCCUCAAUGUGAAUAUAAAUGUGUUAAAUCUCAUGAGUUGAAAAAACAUAUAAUGGCUCGUCAUACCCUUGAGAAGCCCCAUCAAUGUCCUCAAUGUAAUUAUAAAUCUGUUACACUUCAAGAUUUGAAAAUACAUAUAAUGGGCUGUCAUACGGGUGAGAAGCCUCAUGAAUGUCCUCAUUGUGACUAUAGAUCUGUUAAAGCUAAAGAAUUAAAAAAUCAUAUAAUGGCUCGUCAUACGCAUGAGAAGCCUCAUCAAUGUCCUCAUUGUGUCUAUAAAUGUGUUACAUCUCAAAAUUUAAAAAGACAUAUAGUAGCCCGUCAUACAGAGGAGAAGCCUCAUCACUGUACUAUUUGUGAAUAUAAAUGUAAUACACGUCUAGAAUUGAAAAGGCAUAUCAUGUACCGUCACACAGGUGAGAAGCCUUAUCAGUGCCCUCAUUGUGCUUACAAAUCUGUUAGACCUCACGAAUUGAAGAACCAUAUAAAUGCUCGUCAUACUCUUCAGAAGCCUCAUCACUGUUCUCAUUGUGAUUAUAAAUCUGUUACACUUAGAGAUUUGAAAAAACAUGUAAAGACUCAUCAUAAACCUUGAGAACUUCUCUCCUUUUCGUGACCAUGAAUAUGUUAUGUCUCAAGAUUUGAAGGGACUUAUAUUAUCUUGUCAUACUGGUGAGGAGCCUCAUUAAUAUCUUCAUUUUGGCCGUAAGUGUAUUACAGCUCAAGAUUUGAAACUAUGACUCGUCAUACAGCUGAGAAGUUUUAUCAAUGUGGGUUAUAAAUCCUGAACUGGAGCUGAUAAUAUAAGUGAAUAUGAGCCAAUAAUCAAGUUGGGUAAGGCACUGACUCCCAAAGCUGAAGGUCCUGGGUUUGAAUCCAGCUGAUGGCAAGUAAUUAUUUAUUCUGUUUCAUCAGCCGUGGAUCGACCCUGGAGUCGGGAGAAUCUCCGGGGGCAUAUCUAGCCUCUAAAAAGUGGGUACUCUUAAUUAAACUAAGGGAGAAAACCUUAUAGACGUCCUCACUACUAUUAUAUAUUAGUGAAUUCAGAAAUAUCUAAACAUUAUUAAGAUUGACUGUUAGAAAAUAAUAUUUUAAAUUUCGUAAGUGCUCUCACAUUUGUGAUAAACCUCAUUAGAAACCUAUCCCAAAAUAAUGUUUAAAAUUAUAUAUUUACUCAUUAUUCAGAAGGUAUUUUAUAAUGUAUAAAUCUUUACAAUAUGAAUAAUACUAAGCAGUGUAUUUUAAUUAUUUAUUUAAGAUGUGCAUUUGUGAUGCCUGUUUCCUGUUCUUAAAGUCGAAGUUUUAAUUGUAUAGGUAUGUUUUAAUAUGAGUAGUUUUUAUGACCUAUGGCUGAUUGCUUUGGUUAAUCAUUGAUUAAGUUAAUUUUACUCGUGCAAUUAUGUAUAUAUGAAAUGUACAGAAAGUAUGAGUACUCAAUUUAUUUAUUUUAUUGGAGUUGACUAUUUGCAAGUAGGCUUUUUUGUGCAACAAGCGCAUUCCCUUCAAAAUUCCCCUCUUUUUUUCUUUUUUUAAAUGCUUUCAUUAGCUUUUGUAGGGUCUCAAAGUAUCAUGCUGCAUUAAUCGUCUUCCCCUGAGGUAAAAAUUCGAUCAAAGUGAUUCCUCUUUGUUCCCAAAACACGGAUGUAAUUGUAAAACACAUGAUUGUUUUGCCUUAAAUCGAGGUUCUGAAAUUUUUGGCAGAUGGGAAACCAGCAUAUAUAGCCAAUGUAAUGAUUUUUUUUUCUUAGAACUUCUAAAAAUUUCAAUCUCUGUUUUUCCUUCUCCGAGAAGAAAUUUUGAGAUUGAAAUUUUAACAAGAUAUUUCUUAUUGACAUAUUUCACAGAAACAGGCACCAUGUUUUGAGUUCUCGUACUGACAAGAAUUGCCGUGAUCCAUUGAUUUUAGUGAAAUUCCCUCCACCAUUCAGUGUUGCCAAGAUUUGAAAAUAAACAAUUCCUAUAACACAAGAGUUCAACGGUACUCUUUCUUUCGGGACAUGCUUCAUAAAAACCGGAUAUAACUAAUGUAUUAGAAGUAGAUUUACAGCUUUCUGAAGAUGAUGAAAAAGAAAUAAAACUUUGUCAUUCAUUUUUUUUUUCACAGUUAUCACAAAAUAAAAUAUGAAUGUUUCCAUAAAACAUUACUUAGGGAAAUUCAUGAAUUCAUCUGUUAAAUUAAGCUUUAGAAGUUGAUUUCACUAUUCAGGGUUUUCUGUGUGCUUUUUAGGGUGGAAAUUGUGCUUGAUCGGCCAUCUGGAAUUUUUAGUUAGUUUUUUUUUUGGCUAGUUACAUUUUUCUAAUUGUAUUUGGAACUAAGAGUAUAAAAUGUGGAGAAGAGGAUUGAUAUAGUUAUUCACCUUACUAUCUCUAAUUUAAAAAAACAAAAUCUUCCAAUAGGUUUCUCCAUCCUAACUCAGUUCCUUGAACAAGGUUUUCGGCCUAAUGUUCAGAAAAUUUUGCCCCACUUCAAUAGUCUCAUCAGAUUAAUUAUGAUUACCUCGCUACUCCUCUUUUAAUAACCCAAAGAGAUGAAAAUUUUUUGUAGCUAAAUCUAUAUGAUAGUUGGCCCAGUAGCUAAAUAAAAAUCGAGAUUUUGAAGGCACAGUACUGAUUUUGUUUUUGGCCCUUUGAGAACGAGCAUUAUCCUGAAGCAAAAUCACACAUUUUGAAAGCUUUCACGAUUUGAUUUCACUUCAAUAGAUGCAGCAGCUGUCACUAUUUAUUGUUUGACCUUUAAUUGUAAUUUGUUGAUUAUUGAGAAUCAUUUGUUUAACUAUUUCAAUAUUGUCGUUAGUCUUUAAAGUCGAAGCCCUGCCAGGCCACUGUUCAUCGCACAGAGAAAUCCUAACAUUUUUAAAGCGAUCAAUCCAUUCAUAGAUCUUGCUUCCACUAGCCUCUUUAGUAUUAAAUUUGUCUGUUCAGUAUCAAUAUGUAUACAGUGACAUAAAAAAAAAAAAAUCAUCAAAGAAAAAUAAAACUAUAUUUCCGUCAAUUAAAUUAUUAUUUUUUAGGUCUUAGUAGAUCCUGUACAUUUUAAAUGAAAUGUUUUUAUUUAUUUGUUUUUUAUAUAUUUAUUCUGUUUUGUUUAUAAAGUUUAUAAUAAAAUUUAAUUAUUGUGCA